CUUACUUCGUCUCCGUUCCAAGCUUCCGAAGAAUCGAAUAUCUAGCUAGCUAGAGACUGCAGCAGUUAAUUAAAGGUUUCCAUCCAAUACCAGAAUUAUUAUUCUAGCUAGUAUAAGGAUGCAGGAGAAUCUUCCUCCUGGGUUCAGAUUCCAUCCUACAGAUGAAGAACUGAUUACGUACUAUCUCGGUCGCAAGGUUUCUGAUGUUAGUUUCACAUCACAAGCCGUAGCUGUAGUCGAUCUCAAUAAGUGUGAACCUUGGGACCUCCCAGGCAAGGCGUCGAUGGGAGAGAAAGAGUGGUACUUCUUCAACUUGAGAGACCGGAAAUACCCGACUGGACUUCGGACCAACCGAGCAACAGAAGCUGGGUACUGGAAGACAACUGGCAAAGACAAAGAAAUACUUCGUCAAGGUGUACUGGUUGGGAUGAAGAAGACCCUCGUUUUCUACAAAGGUAGAGCUCCAAGGGGUGAGAAAACCAACUGGGUCAUGCACGAAUACAGACUAGAAAACAAGCACCAUCCCUUCAAAUCCUCAUCUUCAAAGGAAGAAUGGGUGGUUUGUAGGGUGUUUCAGAAGAGCGUCGCAUUGAAAAAACCACAGCAACUGACAUCUUCCUCACCGCAAUCUGUCGAUUCUCCAGGUGGGACAAACUCAGUUAUAAAUGAAUUUGGAGAUGUGGAGUUGCCAAAUUUUAUGAACAACAUUGCAAAUUCAUCUAGUCCUGGGUUCAUUGGCAACAUGUCAAUUCCACAAGGCAACAAUUACAACAUUAUUGAUAAUAAUAAUGUUAACAUGACCAACACUACUUUAAACAUGACUAAUUGGCUCGGGGCAAGAGAGGCGGCGGCUAGCGGUGCUAUUCUUCCGGCAGCAGCACUCGGAUCGUGGCCAUCUAGCCUGCUGAGUCCCUCAAAUCUUUCGUCAGUGAACUCCUUGCUACUUAGGGCAUUACAACUUAGGAGUAGCAGUACCUCCAGUUCUAGCAGUACCAUCUAUCAUCAACCAAUUAGAGAUUCUACAGCAGCUGGUCUAGAAGAUCAUUACUCAUCUUUUCUGGCGGCGCAACAGCAACAGCAGCAAGGAGUAAUGUCUCAUUUUGGCACUGAUCGUAACAUGAAUUCGUCAAAUGAGCAAGCUUCUUCAUCAUCAAAGGAUCAGAUUAUGGAUUCCAUGCCGCAGUCACAACAGCAUCCGGAGCAACCAUUUAACUUGGACUCCAUUUGGUGAAGUUGCAGGAUCAUCAAAUAUCAUGAGCUAGCUAACAUCUUAAACGACAAUUUUCUACCGUACGUUAAUCCAGACACGUACGUACGUAUUUGAAAGAAAUGGAACUAUGACUCAGUUACUCAGUACGUACGAAGUAGUACAGCGACUUCGAUUCAGUAUCUCUCGUCCACCUUACCCCGUAUAUCGUAUUAUAA